GUUCCCCCAUUAGAGUGCCCCCUUACAUUAGGUGUCCCCAUCAGAGUUCCCCCUUACAUCAGGUGUUCCCAUCAGAGUGUCUCCUUACAUCAGGUGUCCCCAUCAGAGUUCCCCUUUACAUCAGGUGUCCCCAGCAGACUGCCCCCUUACAUCAGAUGUCCCCAUCAGAUUGCCCCCCCUUACAUCAGGUGUCUCCAUCAGAAUUCCCCCUUACAUCAGGUGUUCCCAUCAGAAUCCCCUUUACAUCAGGUGUCCCCAUCAGAGUACCCCCUUACAUCAGGUGUUCCCAUCAGAAUCCCCUUUACAUCAGGUGUCCCCAUCAGAGUACCGCCUUACAUCAGGUGUCCCCAGCACAGUUCCCCCUUACAUCAGAUGUCCCCAUCAGAGUUCCCCUUUACACCAGGUGUCCCCAGCACAGUUCCCCCUUACAUCAGGUGUCCCCAUAAGAGUGCCCCCUUACAUCAGGUGUCCCCAUCAGAAUUCAGGUGUCCCCAUCAGAUUGCCCCCUUACAUUAGAUGUCCCCAUCAGAGUUCCCCCUUACAUCAGGUGUCCCCAUCAGAGUGUACCCUUACAUCAGGUGUCCCCAUCCGAGUGCCCUCUUACAUGGAUUGUUACCAUCAGAGUGCCUCCUUACAUCAACAAUCUGCAUCAGAUUGGCUCAUGAA